AUGCGGCUCUUGAAAGGUGGCGAUCAAGUCUAUGGCGGCUUGAUCCGCCAUUGGUACUGGUUAACAAAUAAAUUUAGAGAAAUGGAGUUUGAUGUAUUUGAAAAGUUAAGUGAACUGGAGACUGAAAUCCACAUUUUGAAGAAGGAACUCGAAGAAAAAGAUGCAUUCAUUCAAAACCUGAUGGACAAAAAUACGGACUUAGAACGCCGUCUACUAUCUCUUGAUCAAAACAGUGUGACCGGUGAAAAUAAUUUAUCACGUGUAAAAGAGGUUGCUCCAAACGGUUCGAAUACAACUGAUUCUAAAACAUAUGGUGCAUCAAUAGCUAAUAUGCUUAAAGAAACAUCGGAAGCUGUUGUACGUAAUACAGGCUAUACAUUCGACGAACGAACUGGUUUGUAUUAUGAUCAUAAAAGUGGUUACUAUUAUGAUCCGGAAAAUCAGUUAUUUUACGAACCCAAAACCGGGACAUACUAUAAGUACAAUUCAGAAACCGGUGAAUAUACAAAUUAUACUGCAUCAGAAGACGAUGCUAUGAAUAGCAAAUUCAAGGAAUUCUCUCACCCGGUGUAUGCACACUUACUAAAGAAAAUGCAACAGCGCCACAAAGCGGAAAAAGAAAACGAUCAUGGUUACCUAUCAAAGACUGUAUCUAGACAUAGUCGAUCAACAAGCAGUGAUAUUGGUCAUCGUAGAAGACGGAGAAGUCGUAGUCACUCUGGUUCGCGUUACUGUCGUUCAUACUACAAACAUAGAUGUGAAAGUCCAUCAUUUCAUGGACAUACAAGGCGCAGACAAAAAUCUUACAGAUACUCCCAUCGUUCUGGAAGUUCUCGUAGUGACGAAAGCCGCUAUAAACGUAGUAAACAUCGGAGAAGAAAACACUCCCAUCGACGCAGGCAUCGAUCAUCUUCUACUACUGGUUCUGUGUGUUCCUACAAAAGUCGAAAUUUAACACAUUCAAAAAAGAAAAAACGAAAGAACAGAAGUCCUACGGAUAGUUCUGGUAGCACUUCUUCUAGUUCUAAUCCUUUAAAACAAAAACCGAAAUCGUUAAUUAAAGAAGAAGUGAUCACAUCACUUAGUGCCGAUCCGGUAGUUUAUCCUCCAUGUGUACGUCUAAUGGUACUAGCAUCACAGUAUGCUCAGACAGGACAACUUUUUAUCAUUACAAGUCAAGAGUCAAUCGAAGGCAAGGGUUGUAUUGGAAAGUCGUCGCAUUUAUGUCCAUAUGCACAUUUAACAAAUGACCCAGAGAUAAGUGAAUUACAUUGUGAAGUUAUUUAUGAUACAGAUAGUCGUCAAUAUUCUCUGCUGGAUAGAGGUUCUAAUUUCACUACCACUAUUAAUGGUAUUACUUUGACUAAGUGUAAAUCAUCAGUAUUACGUCAUGGUGAUAUAAUACGAUUAGGUUCAACCCGUUUACUUGUACACAUACAUAAUGGUAAUGAAACAUGUGGACAAUGUGAUCCAGACGAGAUUAAGGCUGCUUUAAAUUCAAUUAUAGAUGUCAAUGAAACAAUCAAUUCUACAAAUGAUGAUAUGAAUACAGAAAAUCUAACUGAAACUAUACCAACACAUUCAUCAAAAGAUGCUGAAAGACGAGCGAAAUUAGAUGAAAUAAAGAAAAAAUAUGGUUUAAAGUUUCCACGAAUAAGACCUCAGGCAAAGACAGACAGACAAUAUAUGGAUCGUGCUGCACAACGACGUGCAAUCGAGGCAAAUUUAAAAGCAGCAGGUUAUCCACUACCUCCUGCACCAGGUGUAAUAAAACAGCAAAUUAUUAAAACUCCACUAAUAACUCGAGCAACACCAGCCAGUGUAUAUAAACCUAUUGGAGAUGAAAAUAAAGGAGCUAAAUUAUUAGCUAAAAUGGGUUGGACACCUGGUCAAGGAUUGGGUAAAAGUAAAACUGGAAUUUCAGAACCGAUAACUGUUAGUUUACGUGUCAAUCCACAAGCUGGUCUUGGUUCAAGCAAUUUAUCAAACAAUACAAUACCGAUUGAUUCAACACCAAGAGAAUUAUCACAAGCAUAUAUUCGUGCAAAAACAAAAGAACGUUUUGAUAAAUUAUCAUAA